UUGUCAGUCGCCGCUGAGCAGAGGGAGCGGAGAAGAAGCGCUCAGCGAUGUGCAACUUUUGACUACAGCUUGAUUUCACAGUGGCUUCCUGGUGCUGAUGUUGGCCUUGACCUCUUACGGCUGCUUCCAGUAUCUUCAACAUGGACCCCAAGGGCCCCAGUGGCACCUUCAAGAGAUCCUCCCUGAAACGCAGCACGUCAGGCUCGCAGAAGGCGCAGCGAGUUUGGAUUGAGAGGACGUUUCUGAAAAGAGAAUGCAUUCACAUCUUUCCCACCAAGGACACCACCAGAUGUUCAUGCGGUCAGCUGACAACGCAGCAUGUGGCCAUCCCGCCCGGCGCCAACUCUCUGGAGGAGGCCCACCAGCUCGUGCAGAUCGACACCCCCAAAGACAAAUGGAGCGUGAUCAAACACACCAGGACCUACCCGACGGAUUCCUACGGCGUGAUCGAGUUCCAGGGCGGAGGCUUCAUCAACAAGGCCAUGUACAUCCGAGUGUCCUACGACACCAAACCGGACAACCUGCUACAUUUGAUGGUGAAGGACUGGCAGUUGGAGCUGCCCACGUUACUCAUCUCGGUGCACGGAGGCCUGCAGAACUUUGACCUUCAGCCCAAACUCAAGCAGGUUUUCGGCAAAGGUCUGAUUAAAGCGGCCGUCACCACGGGCGCUUGGAUCUUCACGGGCGGGGUCAACACAGGUGUGAUCCGUCAUGUGGGCGACGCCUUAAAGGACCAUUCCUCCAAGUCACGAGGAAAAGUCUGCGCCAUAGGAAUCGCCCCGUGGGGCAUCCUGGAGAACAAAGAAGACCUCAUUGGGAAAGAUGUGACCAGACCCUACCAGACGAUGGCCAACCCGCUGAGCAAGCUGGCCGUGCUCAACAACAGCCACUCGCACUUCAUCCUGACGGACAACGGCACCUGCGGCAAGUACGGCUCGGAGGUCAAGCUCCGCCGCCUGCUGGAGAAGCACAUCUCCUUGCAGAAGAUCAACACCCGUCUGGGCCAGGGUGUCCCACUAGUGUGUCUGAUAGUAGAAGGAGGUCCGAACGUGAUCUCCAUCGCUCUGGAGAGUCUGCGAGAUGAGCCUCCGAUCCCGGUGGUGGUGUGCGACGGCAGUGGCCGCGCCUCUGACAUUAUUUCCUUUGCGCAUAAGUUCUCCGAGGAUGGAGGGCUGGUUAACGACGACGUGCGAGACCAACUGCUGGUGACCAUUCAGAAGACGUUCAACUACAGCAAGAGUCAGUCGCAGCAAAUCCUGCUCAUGGUGAUGGAAUGUAUGAAGAAGAGGGAACUGAUCACUGUUUUUCGGAUGGGUUCCGAAGGUCAGCAAGAUAUCGAAAUGGCCAUUCUUACAGCUUUGUUAAAAGGCACGAACGCUUCGGCGGCCGACCAGCUCAGUUUGGCUCUGGCCUGGAACCGAGUGGACAUUGCUCGCAAUCACAUCUUUGUUUACGGACAUAAUUUACCUCCUGCCGGCGCCAUUGCCAACACAACGGCGCUGGCCCCGGUCCAGGAGAAGCAGAAAAGCCCCGCCAGCGCCCCUCGCAAUAAAACCAGGGCCAAGAAAGGAAAGGGCAAAGGAAAAGCAAAACCUGAACCUCCAGAAGAAACGGAUCCGCGCAAGUUGGAGCUCAUUCGUUGGGUGAAUUCUCUGGAGCAGGCCAUGAUGGAUGCGUUGGUGUUGGAUAGAGUUGACUUUGUCAAGCUGCUUCUGGAAAAUGGUGUCAAUAUUCACCACUUCCUCACCAUUCCAAGACUGGAGGAGUUGUACAAUACGAAACUUGGCCCUGCAAAUACUCUGCAUGCUGUAGUUAGGGACGUCAAAAAGGGAAAUCUUCCUCCAGAUUACCAAAUCACCUUGAUUGACAUUGGCCUGGUGCUGGAGUACCUCAUGGGUGGAGCUUACAGAAGUAAUUACACCAGAAAGGCUUUCCGAAACCUCUACAAUACUCUGUAUGGACUUAAAAGGCCCAAAGCGCUCAAGCUUCUCGGGAUGGAGGAUGACGAACCUCGAACGAAAGGCAAGAAAAAGGCUAAAAAGAAAAAGGAGGAAGAAGUGGACAUUGACGUCGAUGACCCGGAGGUGUGUCGCUUCCAGUAUCCCUUCCACGAGUUAAUGUUGUGGGCAGUACUGAUGAAGCGCCAGAAGAUGUCGCUCUUUCUUUGGCAACGAGGGGAGGAGGCCAUGGCCAAGGCGCUGGUGGCCUGCAAACUCUUCAAGGCCAUGGCACACGAGUGCUCUGAGAGUGAGCUCGUGGACGACAUCUCCCAAGACCUGGAGAACAACUCAAAAGAAUUUGGCCAACUGGCCUACGAGCUGCUGGACCAGUCGUACAAGCACGACGAGCAGGUGGCCAUGAAGCUGUUGACCUACGAGCUGGUGAACUGGAGCAACUCUACCUGUCUGAAGUUAGCGGUGGCCGCCAAGCAGCGAGACUUCAUCGCCCACACGUGCAGCCAGAUGUUGCUCACGGACAUGUGGAUGGGCUGCCUGAGGAUCGGCAAGAACCCAGGCCUCAAGGUCAUUUUGGGAAUCAUUUUUCCUCCGCUGAUUCUUCUGCUGGAUUUCCGUCUCGGGGAUGACUCAUCCUACAAUGCGCCCGGAGGCAAAGAAGAAGGAAAAGAGAAAGAGGAUGACACCAAAUCCAGCAAGGACCCCAAUGACGCCGUUUCCCGGAAGGGGGAUGAAGAGGAAGGCAAUGCCAACGUCCGCAAAAUCCCCAUUGGCAAACGAUUAUUUGAGUUUUAUGAUGCACCUUUCACUAAAUUUUGGUUCAACACAAUAUGCUAUCUGGGCUACCUGAUGUUAUACAACUACAUCAUUUUGGUCAAGAUGGAACGAUGGCCAUCCUUACAAGAGUGGACCGUCAUCGCUUACAUCCUUACACUCGGCAGUGAAAAAAUCAGACAGAUCUUGAUGUCAGAGCCCGGUAAGCUGAAACAGAAGAUCAGCGUGUGGCUGGAGGAGUACUGGAACAUCACGGACCUGGUGGCCAUCUGCACCUUCCUCAUGGGCCUGAUGUUGAGGCUCCAGCACGAACCCUACAUGGGCUACGGGAGAGUCAUUUACUGCAUCGACAUCAUCUUCUGGUACAUCCGCGUCCUGGACAUCUUCGGCGUCAACAAAUACCUGGGACCCUACGUGAUGAUGAUCGGAAAGAUGAUGAUCGACAUGAUGUAUUUUGUGGUCAUCAUGCUGGUGGUGCUCAUGAGCUUCGGGGUGGCCCGCCAAGCCAUCCUGCACCCCGACGAGGAGCCCACGUGGCGCUUGGCUCGGAAUAUUUUCUAUAUGCCCUACUGGAUGAUCUAUGGAGAGGUUUUUGCCGACUCGAUAGACCUCUAUGCAAUGGAAAUCAAUCCUCCGUGUGGUGAACAUUUAUACGAUGAAGACGGGAAGAAGUUGCCGCCGUGCAUCCCGGGCGCCUGGCUCACACCUGCUAUCAUGGCCUGCUACCUUCUCGUGGCCAAUAUUCUCCUGGUCAACCUGCUCAUUGCUGUCUUCAACAACACCUUCUUUGAGGUCAAGUCCAUCUCCAACCAGGUGUGGAAGUUUCAGCGCUAUCAGUUAAUCAUGACGUUCCACGACCGGCCCAUCCUGCCCCCGCCGCUCAUCAUCUUCAGCCACCUCUACAUCCUCUGCAGCCGGCUCUUUCGACGUUGCGCCAGGAAGAAGCAAGACGGGGAACUCGACGAGAAGGACCGCGGCCUCAAACUAAGAUUGAAUCCAGAGGAGCUAAAGAACCUGUACGAGUUUGAGGAACAGUGCGUGGAGGAAUACUUUCGGGAAAAGGAAGACGAGCAGCAGUCCUCGAGCGACGAACGCAUUAAGGUUACCUCAGAAAGAGUUGAGAACAUGUCCAUGCGUCUGGAAGAGGUCAACGAGAGGGAGAACACCAUGAAAGCCUCCCUGCAAACGGUGGAUCUCCGCCUGGCCCAACUGGAGGAGAUCCACGGUCGAAUGGCGAUGGCCUUGGAGAAGCUGGCCGGGUUGGAUAAGCUAGAGCUGACCAGGACUCAUUCUCGCAAUUCGGCGGUGUGCGAUACCUCCUCUCUGGUUCGCCAGGGUAGCAUCAACAGCGCUGACGGUUACAGCCUCUACCGCUUCCACAUGGACAUGGAGGAGUUUGCCAGCAAGCAGAAGGACACAGAGGAACCGGCGAAAAGUGGGCUGGAAAGACAGAAGAGUCAAGCUUCCAGCACGUGCGCGCUGAACGUCAAGGAGGGCGCUCAGACCUUGGAAGUCGGCGGCGGCCUGAGUAGAAGCAGACCGGGCUCUUGCGUGGACAUCCUCAUAUCGCCUUGCGAACCCAAGCAGGUGUCUGCGGGCUCCAGCAGCGAAACUUUAACCAGCAAGGAGAUAGUCGGAAGCUCGCAGCUGUUGGAUCGAAUCGCCGACAAGAACAGACUCAAACCGUCCUCGCCGCCCAAACGGACCAAAUCACUGAGACACUAUCCGGCCGAAGAACCGGCCUGUUCUCCUCUGACAAAGAGGAGGAGCAUGAGCACCAUCAUCAUCAGCCCACCCGAGGAGCCCGUCAAAAAGGCCCAACUGCCUCCCACGACUUCCUCCUCCCCAAAAAGGACCAAAUCGUUACGCCACGUCCCCGCCGAGACCCCGAAUGAAACGUCCCCGGUUACAAAGCGGAGGGCGAUGAGCAGCAUUAUUUACAGUCCGGCCGAGGCGCUCGAUGACGAGGUUCACGCUCAAGACUACACGUCCUUCGUGGAGCAAGCCGCCAAAACUCCCAAGGAGUGGCCCGCUGACCUGGAAUACACUCUGCACACCAGCCCGGUCGGUCACAUGCCGAAAGUGUCAACAGUCAGAAGAACCAUCCAGCAGUUUCAGAGCACCGCUGCCGGCGUGGAGCUGAAAGAAAUAGACGGGAUCCGUCCGGUUCCCGUUGAAAGCCAAGGAACUCCGCCGCAGCUCACGGACGAGCAGAUCAAGACCAGGGUGAAGAGAAACAUGUCCGACGGCGCUCAGUAUCUGAGCGUCGCCGAGGAUAGUUUCCUGGCCUCGCACAGGUCUCUGAGCUGGAACGCCAAGGAUCGCAAAGCUAAAAGCAAGAGAGCAUCCAGUAGUGAGAGGAAAUCCGUGAAGGAGUGCGGAGGAGCCACGCACAAGAUGGAGGAUGGCGCUCAUGAAAAGGAAUGACAUCUGAAAAGUCGGGAAACAAUUCAUCAAACCACAAUUGUCACGUAUGACUAUGAGGUCAACGAGGAGAACAAGAAGAGCACAAUUAUUAGAAGAAAGUCCGAAAUACGACUAAAUCACUUUUUAGUGUAUGGAGGAAAGAUGUCCCUGUUUCUGAAAACACCCAAACAAGCUUUCCUCAAGUCUUUUAAUGUGGAAAAAAAAAAACUUCCGAAUGUCAACAUAUAUAUAUAUUGCACCGUGACAUGUACUCAACAAUCACUUUCAGAAGCAUCUUCUCUUCGGGUAGUGCUUAAUAUUACAACAUGCAAAUACUGACAAUGGCAUCACAACAAUGGAGUCACUGGCUCUCAUCACAGGAAGUGGAACUCUUCUAUUUUGUCAGUCAUUAAUUCAUAAAGUUAAAAAACAAACACA